CAUAUCUUCUCCUCAGCAGCAAUUUGGGGCUCAAGUGUGUACACAUCAUAUCCACAUAUGAGCCCCAGUCAGUAAGAUGCUUGAGACUCUCCUUCAGCAGUGAUGCCUGCCUUCAGCCCCCCUGCCCCUCUCCUCUGCGUUCUGCUAUAUGUGUCAGUGGGUCUGCAGCGGUCUGACCUGCGCCUGGCUUAUGUCACCCACAACAGCUUUUUGUACUACUCCUGCAGUCAGGAUCCGCAACCCUGCAGCACCUCUUCGCUUACAGACUGCAGAUGCAAGGACAUCCAGCUCUCCACACUGCACCGGCUGCAGUCGCACUCAUCUCCUGUUUUCCAAAUGAGACGUUUAACCAUUUGGUUCACUUCGCCAUCAAACACAGCACGUCUGCUCAACAACUCAGAGGUGAGGCACCUCACGCUGAUCUACUGCGGAUCCAGUGGGGUGCCUCCUUUUAAUCCGGAUGGACAUUUUGCCGUGCACCACCUGGAGAGACUGACGGUGGUAAAUCUGCCACAGAAGUCAUUUCAUCCCUAUCCUGAUGUGAACAGAGCCAAGAAUACAGACCCAGACAGGGAAAACAAUGCACACUUAAACACAAAUAAGUACAACACAGAAAGAAACACAAAUCUGGACUUGAUUACAGACAUGAAGAGAGAUUCUCUAAGUCUCUCCCCAACACAGGUUCAAGACAUCUUCCUGGGCAGGGAGCUCGGAGCAGAGUAUUAUGAACAAGCCAGACUGGGAAUCAUCCACAACUCAGUGCUGGAGGGGGGAGCAGUGGUCAAAGCAUACACAGUCAAGACACACAUAGACAGCAGUGGUGCACUGCCUUUCCCUGAGCUCCACCUGCAGAAAUUACCAGAGACAUCUGUCAUUUAUGUCACCUUUGUGUACUGAAUUUUAAAAAGUUGCCUCUCAAAGCUUUUAGGAGGGAACAACAGGAUGAAGAUGAUCCGGUUUUUUGCAGGCCAUAUUUCUUGAUUUACAUUUUGGCUUAAGAAUAAUCACUUCAUCCUCUUAAAAUGGAGAUAAAGCAUCCAUUAAUUAGGUUCACAAACUAAUUUCUUCUUCAAACUGAUAGUUGGCAGGAGAAACAGUGAGAGCUUUUAAAAGCCAUUUGCUUAAUGACACCCCACAAAACUUUGGGACGAGUGAACACAAACGAAGCACAAACACAAUGUCAGCAACCACUAAGUAGUUCCCAAAAACAUCGUAAUAAUUGUUUAAUCUGUUUUUAAAUAUAGAAGUUCUGUAAUUUUCACAGGUUUUCUUAUUUGGACAGAAACUGAAUUCAUUUGAGAGAGUUUACGUUUGUUUUUGCAUUUUGGUCCUGGGAAAAUGAUUCAAAUCUUUGGCUCAAGAGAUUUAAUCACACUUUUCCAAGUGACCUAAGAGUUUGCACAGUUGUUUAUCAGUGUUUGGCCUAUUUUGGCCACUCAAAAUAGGCCAAACAAAAUCUGAGGCUCCAGAACACCAGAACAAUAAGUUGUUUUUUUCUGUGUUUAUACUGAAGGGCGUUUCAUUCAUGUGUUAUCAAGCAGUAUUUAUUCUUUUGAUUUCCUACAGUGCUGUGAAAAACUAAAUAAAAAAUGUAGUUUUUAAAUGAUAAUUUCAUUUCUAAAGGGAGAAAAAUCUACCCAAACCUACCUGGCCCUAUGAGAAAUUUUUUAAAAUAAUGAAUUAACUGUGAUAAACCACAUUGUUUUGAAAGCUGAAUUCAAACCAUUCCCAGAUCUGAUUACUGGCAGACCUGUGUGACAAAGUGAAGAAGGCUGAAAGAUCUCACAAAGCAGCACUUCAUUCCACUUAGAAACAGAUGAGAAACAAAGUCAUCGACAUCCAGUAGUUUGGAUAGGGUUACAAAGCCAUUUCUAAGGCUUUGGGACUCCAGCAAACCACAGUGAGAGCCAUUAUCCACAGAUGGAGAAAACUUGGAACAGUGGUGAACCUUCCCAGGAGUGGCAUUGAAAUUACACUAAGAACGCAUCGACGACUCACCCAGGAGGUCAGAAAAAAAAAACCCAUAAAAACAUCUAAAGAACUGCAAGACAAAAGUUUAACUUUAUGGAAGGUUUGAGUCCCAUUACAUCUGGCAUAAAACUAACAACAUUUCAUAAAAAGAACAUCACACCAACAGUCAAACAUGGUGGUGGUAGUGUGAUGGUCUGGGGCUGCUUUGCUGCUUCAGGAUCUGAAUGACUUGCAGUAAUUGAUGUAAUUCUGCUCUCUACCAGAAAAUCCUGGAGGAGAAUGUCCGACCAUCAUUUCAUGCCCUGAAGUCCACCUCUUAAGAGAGUGUUCAUGCUUGAGGGUGGCACAAUUAGAUUUAGGGAGCGAGUACUUUUUCACAUAGGGACAGGCAGGUUUGGAUAGCCUUUUUUUCCCUUAAUAAAUGAAAUCAUAAAAACUGGAUUUGUUUGAUGACCGGAAACAUUUAAGUGUUACAAAUAUACAAAAAAAUCAGGAAGGGAGAGAGAAGGGGGCAAAUACUUUUUCACAGCACUGUAUGUAAUAGAGAUGAACUGAAAGGGCUGAUCCACUUCCUUAAUUUAAUGUGAGGCUGCUAUACAGCAUUUCAUAUUGCCACACCUGUCAGAUGUUGUGAAAAUAUGUUAUGUCCCCUGUAACUAAACAUUCAGAGGUUUCAACAUUAUUUUGUGUAAUGCUGACUCAAAAAUAUCUUUGGCUUAACAAACAGUCUCACGUGUCUGCUAUUGCUAAAAAAAGCAAAAAAAAAAAAAAAAAUUUCAUUUGUAAGCAAAACAUGAAUCCCUCACAGUUCUGCUUUCUAGAGUUAACUUUUGUUCCUUUUGUACAACCAGCAAAGAUUUUUGUGAAAGAAGUCAAAUAAAUAGGGUUCAUGAUUUUUUUUAACAGUCCUUGCCUAAUGCUUUUUGGAAUGGCACAAAUUUUGUGUUUCAUACACUUAGCUACUUAUUAUUUUGAAUAUUUUUUACAUAUUUCUGUGACAUAGUGAACAAUGAUUAUUUGGCCACAGAUUCCUGAUUGGAUUAAGAUCCAGGGAGUUGGAUCCAAAAUGUUAAUUUAAUGAUUUCCACACCACUUAGUUAUCACUUUUACUUUGUGACGUGGUGUUCCAUCAUGCUGGAAAAUGCACAGAUUGUCACCAGAUUGAUCCAGGAUCAGUGGAAGAAGUUGGUCUUUGAGGACGUUGUUAGUAUGGUCAGUGUGUGGACAAGCAGAAGCCCACAGCCUGUUCAUGCAUGGACCUAGAAGCUGAUAUCCAGCAUGCCACAGAGAUUUGCAGAGGUUAUCAAAAAGAGGGGUCCACACUGUAAAUACUGACUCCAAUAAAAGUCUUUGAAACUUAA